UACAAAAUAAUUAUUGCCUUAAGUAUGCUACACAGGGAUAUGUUUCAUCUGUUAUGUAUUUUUAAACUUAGGACAGCAAUUGUAGAGCUCAAAUUAUUCAAGUUCAAAAAGUUUUACAAUCCGUGCAAAAAAAUAUUUCAAGACUCAGUAUUGAUUGAUUGAUUAUUAAACAAGGAAUGCACCGCGACCUUAGGUCUAUUGAGCUCUCUUCUAAACCACAAAGACUCAUCUAGCUCCCGCAUAUUGAUAAAGCCCAAUAUUCUGGGCCCUGGAAAAAUGGAUCCAAGGGCCUUAAAGCUGCGUCUUCCAACUGCAAUAUACCGUUAUAUAUGCAAUCAUUGAACAUUUUUUGAAACUACAAAAAAGGGUCACAAACUUCGGGGUAAUGCUAGGCGGCAGUACGGAUCGUCUAUGCACACCGAGCACAUCAGCUGGCCCAUUUCGUAUUUUUGCCGUUACUGGCUUCCAAAACCGGGCAAAUGAUAUUGUCUAUUGUCCACCGAUACGGCCGACAGGCAGCGAGAAUGCUGAAGAUUCAACUGCCGUUGUUUACUUCGGCGGAGACGUACAGGACUUUCCGGAGAGCAUGGAAACGAACCGAGAUAGUCGCGGCUACAUGAAAUACAACUUAGAGAACUCUGCCAUACUGCUACGUGAGGCUUUUCCGCGCGCACAUAUCAUUGUCAUCCGGCCUGUAAGAAUGGAGUUCAAAACUUUUAGUUGUUUCGACAAUUUCGUACGUGGUAAUAACGCUGGUGUUCCCGACCAUACUCCAAUGAACCACGCUUUACAACAUUUAGAAAAAUUACUUCAAAAUCUUUCUCAACGACUGAUCUCCAUACCCGAAAAUGAGAUAAUGGACCAGGCUGCUCAAGCAGCCGCCGCUGCUGCUGCUGUGGCUGCUGCCGCCGCAUUGGUAUCAUCUACGCUCUCCACAGCAUCGACUGACACGUCCGCCUCCUCAUCAGCAUUGAAUGAUAAUAAUCAAGACAUGGAUAUAGAUAUAUUACAAGUUCAAGAGAACGUAACUGUCGAUGCAGAUGGCGCAGUAAUAUUUCCAAUUGUCACCGGUGCUGGCACAGGUGGUGGAGUUAAUAGCGCCAGUAAUAGUAGCGGAGGAGGCGUUACAGCAUCGGCAAAUAAUGCCGCUAACAGUAACAUAGCAUCAACGACCACAACUCCACAUAGCACUCAAAAGGCUCCUCUACAAUCUACCGCUCAUCAAGCGCAAACUAAUAACGCACAUUUCAAUAAUAUUGGUGGUGGUAGUAACAACAGUAACGAGUGUGUAACACAAGCACAAUCGCAACAACUCACCCGACAAAAUAGCAAUCCUUUGUGGUGGAGAGAGAAUUUGAAUUUAGACAAAGCGAAGCUGGUUCUAAUUGGCUUCAGCAAAGGAUGUGUGGUCCUCAAUCAAUUCAUUUAUGAAUUUCACUACUUAAAAACUCUAACACCGGAUGAUAGUACAAUGAUACGUUUGCUUUCACGCAUCAAAGAUAUGUAUUGGCUCGAUGGUGGGCAUGGUGGCCAAAAGAACACAUGGAUUACGUCCAGAAGCCUGCUGGAAACACUAACAAGAAUGGGCAUGAAUAUUCAUGUACAUUUGACACCAUAUCAAGUGCAGGAUGAUCGUCGGCCGUGGAUACGAAAGGAGGAGAAAAUUUUCACAGACAUGCUACGACGCUUAGGAGCACCGAUCACGCGUCAUCUACACUAUGAUAGUCAAACAGCGAAUUUAAUGACACAUUUUGAGGUAUUACAGGCUUUUUGCCAGCACAUACAUACGCUAAAUCAGCAACAGCAAUUACAAAUGCAACAACAACAGCAAACAGCACAGCAGCAGCAGCAACAAGCAUCGGCUCUGCAGCCGCUGCAGCAAUCUUCAAGUAACAUUCAAAUUAAUGAACAGUUACAACAACAACAACAACAACAAACACAGCUUAACAAUACAAAUCGUUCAGAGUUGGGCAAGGCAAGCAAUAGUGGAGCGAAGUGACACCAUCGUCGUCGCAAUGUUGGCCGUUUACAUUUGCGUAGGGUAGCAGCAGCGGCUGCAGCACCGACCAGCAGCACAUCGGCAACGACGUCAAAGAAAGUAAUGCAUGUAUCGCCACAACCACAACAGCCAUUACUGCAGCAGCAACAGCAGCACCCUCAACAACAUCAACCUGUAGUCGCUACACCAUCGAAUUUCACAUUUCUCGACAUAGCAACCACAUCAAUUGUAAAUAAUUAUACGCGACAUUUUCCACAAAACACAAGCAUACCAGCUACAGCUACAACCACAACAGCAGCUAUACAUAACCGUCAACGCCAAAAAGCGCCAAAUUUGCAGAGAGUUCGACCAAGACCCAAUCAACGUCAGCACCAACACAGAGGGCAACCAACUAAAAUUCACCAUUAUUCGCGUGCAAAAGGUAGACUUCUGCAUCACCAGACUUGUCGUUAAAUGCAACGGGCACUAAGGAAUCAUGCAAAUAUAUGCGUAAGCAUAAAUAUAUACAUAUAUAUUUGUGCACAUACGCAAUUACCGGUCCCUCGUGCUCUGCUAAGUUAUUAUUUAUCAAUUAGUUUUGUGUUGUAAUUUAGUAUGUUAAGAAAAGUUUAUUUUAAUGGCGAUUCCCAUAAUCUAAAAGCAUAAUAAUACAACAAAUUCGAUUUAAAUUUUAAUUGUAAUUUAUAAUUGGCAGACAUUGGGUCUAAAAGAAUGAAUGUGUAUGUAAAAAGUAUGUCAACAGAAUAGUUUAACUUGAUUUAUAUUCAUUGUUAGGCAUAAGUGCUAUGAACACAUUCAUAAACAAUUUAAAUGCUGUACAAGUCUUUCUCCCACUGAGACCAAUGACCUUGCCGUGGAGAAAGAACCAGAAAAUGGUUUACAUGAAUUUUUAAUAUUAGGCUACAUUUAAUUUAAGUAUUGCUAUCAAAGAGUAUUUGGUGCACUAAAUUUAAGCGUUAGCUCUAUUCUAGGUAGGUUGCUAUGUAUAUUUAAUUCAAAUCCAUACAUUUUUAUAAUUUUUGAUAAAUCUGUCACAGAUCAAGUUUUUUAUACACAUUAAUCACCAUUAACCAGUGCAAUUUCUUUAGACAUUUAUAUUUGUCUUAAUUUUCUAUUAUUUAUUCACCUCUUAUUUAGAAUGCAUCCUUUUAAGAAUAUUUACUUAUAAUCAACAAAUUCGCAAACAAAAACUGCUUUUGCUAAAAAAAAAUAAAUUUAUUCUUAUUUAAAUACAACUAAGAGAAAAGAUAUUAAAAUUUUAAUAUUAUGUUUGAACUUCUCACAACCAUAUACAAGUACUGCAAACAAUAAUAUUAUUUGCUCAACUUAUAAACAUUAAUUAUCAUUUGGUGGGGUAGGGUAUAGUCAAGGUCACGAAAAAUUAGUAUUUUAAUUUUUUUUUUCAAUAUUUUUUUUCUUUUCAACCAACAGUUAGUUGUUUCCAAAAAAAAUCGAAAUUAAAAAAAAAAUUUAUCACGCACUAUUUUUUAUAUUUCGGAUUUACUUCAAGGUCUAUUUCUAAGUUAUGAACCUUUUUUUUUUAAAUUGUGACUACCCGUAGCCCUUCGUUAUAACCACAUUUGCAAUCAAUUGUAUAGAUAUUUUUUACAAGAGUUAAAAACUACAUUAUCUUGAACGCCAUCAAGUAUAUAUUAUUACAUAUACAUAUAAAGUUGUGGUAGUUGUGAAACUCUUGCACUGCACGUCAAAAAAAAUUUCAAAGUUUAGUUGAAGAAGAAAUAGGUCCUACAAAAAUUAUAUCGACGUAAUGCACAAAACAUAUAAACUUUAAGAAUACAUUAUAAGUAAUUGCUAUUAAUAAAUUCUAUUGAUUUCAGAGUCUUUCCAAUAAACAAUAUUUUCAUUUGCAUACUUCAACUGUAUAAAGAUAAACACUAUUUUCUUCAUAUUUUUUUUUGUUUUUUUUUACUAUAUUUGCAUAAUUCCUAGCCUUUUUGUUCGGUAACGAAAAAUGAGUAUGCUUCCAAUUCCAUUUAAAUUUAAAAUUAUUCAUACAUAAAUUUUAUAUACAGUUUGUUUAACAUUUGUCCCACAUUAAAGUAUUCAUUUUAUAUAAUAAAAUAUAUUCCUUUAUAUUAUAUUUAAAUAUGCAUAUUUUUCUUUUUUGCAUAAAGUAAAAAAUUAAAAAAAAAAGAAUUUAACUUAUUAUAGUAGACCUGACAGUCAUGAGUCAGGUCUUACAAUAGCAUCAUCAAAUAUUUCCAUAAAUGUAUCAAAAUUCACAAAAAUUAUUUUUAAAUCCCUUGCAGAUUAGCAAAGAUAAUAAAUGUUUAUUGCACUUCAUAUUAAAAAAACUAAAGUAACUCAUUCAGCAGAUUCGCAAUAAAAAUAUAAUAUUUCCUUAAAAAUGUGAUUUCACAAAUAACAUAAAAAUAAAUACUCAUGUGUUUGUAGCAGAUAGCUAGUAUAAAAAUUAUGAGCAUCACUCUGAACUAGGCGUCUCUUAAAAAAAAAAAAGUACUUAAUUUGUAAAGGAUUGUAAAAAUUUGCUCUGUUUUGCCAAAAUAAAAGACGAGUUUUACAAAUUCACGUUCAUACAUGUAUACCUGUUGCAAAGCAACCACCGUUACAAACCCAUUUUUACCAACAGCUACUACGGUGUGAUCAACUCAACUAAUACUUUUAUAAUUUGACAAUUAUUUCGUCAAAAAAUAAUUCAAUAAAUCCAACAGAACCUAAUGUACAGCAAUAUAAAUGUGGUCACGUACCUACAUAUAAAGGAACAGGCCUGCAUGUAUGUAUAUGUGAUAAAAAAGUAUUAACACGAAUAAUAAUUUUUUGUGUUAAAUAUCAAUAAACACAAUUACUGUGGUGCAAUGACUGUAAAAUCGGUCGACUGCAAUUUCGUGUAGAAAAACAUUAAAGAAUUGUAUUUGUUCGUGGUUAGACAUCCACCAUACUUUGUUUAAUCAUUAUCGUCGUUCCACUUUACUUUUAUUGUUUUAUACAAAUAUUCAAAAUUAUUUUUGAGCUAUGCCAACGAGUUGGAUGAAAACUCUGCCCGAUUCGACCCUACUGUCGCUGGAAUGGAUACCUAACGUUGACUGAUUUUAUAUGCUUUUAUUACCAUUUCUUAAGCUUUGUUUCUCGAAUUUGGUAUUUUUUAAUGGUGGUUUAUAUGGCUAAACAUUUGCUAAAAUUCAGUUUUUUUUUAGAACUUUUUGAACUUUACUAUUUGUGGAAGCUAUUGUUGUCUUCAUGCCUUUAUUCCCUUUAUUUGUUAUAUGGGAUUUGCGGUUCUAUUUUUCUAGUGUGAUUCAGUUUGUUCAAAGUUUCUUUAAUUGAUAAUAAUAAGCGUUAAUAUUUUCCAAUUUUACUUUUACACACUUCACUUCAGCUACCACUUAAAAUGAUGAAAACACUAUAAAUACGCACACAGAAAUAUACUUGUAAAAUUACGCCAUAAAAAGCAUCGAAAUAUAAAUUCACUCUAAUUGAAAAAUAGAUUAUUAAACAAAAUAAAACUUUGCUAAAUGCUAAUGAAUAUACAUAUAUAAGUUAUAAGUUUACUUUCAUGAUAAAUGUACCUUUUCGAAUUUGCAGUUCAAAAUUGCCAUAUUUAAAAUGCUAACCAAACCAAGCCCAAGCCAUUGUCGAUAUUUAUGUAUUUGUUUCAAAAAUUAUUCGUAAGUAAGAAAAUAUUUUUAUUUGUAUAUACAUUUGGCUUAUUGAAAAUAUGUCUGAAAACAUUUACAAAAUUACAAGUAUAGAUUUAGCGAUGCUUGAUAUAAUAUGUGUGCGAAAUAACUAUUUCUCUUAAAAAAUUAAAUCAAAUGUAAAAUAACAUAUAUUAUACAUUAGUGGACUUAAUUUCAAAAUGGGCUCUAUCUACAUACAUACAUAUAUGAAGAAUUUACUCCCGACGUAAGCCCUUUUGAGAUUAAUAACUCGUAAUAAUACAAAUUAUAUUAAGAAGAAAAAUAAUUGAAAGCAAAGUGGAAAUAUAAUUUAUAAUUGUCAACUGAAGAAAAUAUAUUAAGUUAUCUAUAAUUUUUGUUUGAGAAUAUUCCUGAUAUAUUUCAAAUAUAACUUAUUAGCGUAAAA